AUGCCAGUGGCUGUUAUUGUUGGUAGUGGCGUCAUUGGGCUUAGCAUUGCUCAUGAACUUCUUUCUUGCGGCAACUUACGCCCAAAAAAACUCCAUAUUAUCGCACAACAUUUCCCGGGCGAACAACCUAUUAGCCACGAAUUCACCUCUCCAUGGGCAGGAGCUCAUUUCCGGCCCUUUCCACAUCGUCCUAAAACUUUUGACAGUGAUGCCAGAGAAUCAUACUACACGCGGGUCACAUACCAACGCAUGAAGCAGAUAGCAGCGCGAUUUCCAGAGUCCACAAUACAGCUCAUGCAGGGCAUUGACUAUCUAGAACAUCCACCGCAGGAAUACGAUGGGAAAAGCCCAGGAUUCAAUUCUGAAAGUCUCGAGAAUUUCCACGAGCUAUCCCAAGCAAGUUUGCCCCGGGGCGUCGCAUCUGGCUUCCAAUACGACACUUACUGUCUAAAUGCGCCAGAAUAUCUGAACUUUUUGAUGUCCCAGGUCAAGCAAUUAUGCGAAACUCAUCAAGUCGAGCUUUUCAUGAAUAGAAUGACUUUGCAAAGUUUGUCACAGGUACAUGACAUUUGUCCUUCCAACUCCGUGGUUUUCAACUGCUCGGGUAAAGGCCUUCAAUACGAUGGGACCUACGACCCAAAAUGUUUUACUAUCAGGGGUCAGACGCUACUUUUGAAUGCGCCACAAGAUACCAAAUACAGUUCUUUGACCGUGACACACCAAGACAGGCACGGGAACUGGACUUUCGUCAUCAAGCGGCCCGCCAAACACGGGCAAAACGCCCAAUACAUUCUGGGCGGCACAAAACAGCUCGAUUUCGACGGCGUGGCUCCACGUGAAAGCGAUACUCGCGCCAUUCUCGAAAGAGGCCGCAUCUUGUUCCCUGAGCUGAUGGUGGGCAACGACUUUUCCAUUGCACGCGUAAACGUUGGAUUCAGGCCUGCCAGAGAGGGAGGCAGCCGCGUGGACUUGGAGCGCACACCACGAGGACCGGUGGUGCACUCCUACGGACUUGGCGGGAUGGGUUUCGAAACAUCUCUCGGUGUCGCGAAACACGCGCUCCAGCUGUAUCGUGGUGAGAUCAGCCGGGCGAAGCUAUGA